AAAUAGGGAGUUAGCUUCCAAUUCGGUCUCUCUACAGAGGUUUCAUACUCAAACAAGGAAUCACCUUCUUAAUUAAACUUUCCCAUCAAACAUGGACACUUGCGAAACAUGGGACUCUCCAUAACUGUCACGCUCUAUAAAUACCAAGGUAAACCCCCAGAGGGGAUCGAUUCUUGAGUAUUUGAAAACACCUGUUGUGAGUUUUCUCAUUCAGACAUCAGAGAGUCUCUCGCCAGAUGAACCUAGCACUCUCUCUUGUCUGUUAUUAUGUGCAGGUCCAACAAGGAACAUCAACUCCUGCCAGAAAGAGCUGCUGGUCAGAUUUUGCUGCAUCAAUUGGAAUCGAGGGUUUGAAUGGAUCAGUGCCUAUUCCGCUGGUUUCAAUUCAAUAGGAAGGAAUAGUUCUACCCAAAAAAAAAAAAAAAAAAAUCAAUAGGAAGGAAUUUGUUAGAAUUGGCCGGAAUAGGUUGGAUCAGUCAAGGACGAUCUGAUCCCGGUUCAGCCGAUUCCAUUUUGAAACGUUGCUUUUGACUCUUCUGGAGUUCUGGACGGAGGCGACCUGUGUAGGCAUCUGGAACCCAGGGUACUUUAGAAGUGGGAAUUUCUGUUUCCCCCUUACUUUUUCCUUCUAUUUCUCCGAAGAAGAUAUUCUGAAGAGAGAGCCCGUUGAUCAGAGAACUUAUUACAAGAUCACAAAUUGACUCUGACCAUUCCAAGGGUUUGAAAUAGGAUGAACGAGUUCUACAGGUUUUGUGUCGAAAAAGGGUGCCUUUGUUUAUUGUUUGUGGACUGAGGAAUUGGGAUUGCAGAAAAAGUUAUUGAUUUUUUAUUUUUUAUAUUUUUUUUUGUAGUUCGGAAACUGGGUUUUGGUGGAAUCGAAUAGUUUCAUUUCUGGAAAAGUGUGUGAUCGAGGAAUUUGGGUGAAAUCGUCUGAACGAGAUCAUGUGAUUCUUUUCGCGGAAACUGUUUUGCUUUACGAUUUGUUCAUGGAUAAGAGGAAUUCGUAUUGCAGAGAACUAGUGUUGAUUUCUUUUGGGAUUCGGAAUUUGGGUUAUGGUGGAUCAGUAAGUCUUGCUUUGUUUGUGUGUGUGAUCGUGGAAUAAUUUUCUGCUGAAAUUUUGGGUAUUAAUUCGUUCUUCAUUUUCUUUCUGGAGAGGCUUUGUUGAUUUGAUGAGGUUGUAACUGAGUUGGGAUUGCUUUCGAUUCGGGGGUUAGGAGAAAGGGAAUUGGAUCUUAUGUAGGCUUCUGUUUGCUGAUUGUAGUGUGAGGCUUCUUGGUUUAUAUUGGAUUCGUUGAUGUAGCAUUGAAUCUGCAUCUGAUGUUAGUCUCAUGGCACCAGUGUGGCUCUCGCGUCUACAAAGUCUCUGGCCAUUUUCCCUGCGUAAACCAGAUGAUUUAAAAGUAUCAGAUGGAUUGGUUCAUCGGCUUUCGCUGCCUGAGCAGACAAAACAAUUUGUGUUUGCUAUUUGUGUGCCUGAAUCGCAGUCUGUGAUUUAUAUCCUUGCCUCACAAAACUUAUCUGAAAGAUCAGCUGCGGAUGCAGAGUGUCUUAUUAAGGCAAUUAGGCCUGAGGUUGUCAUUGCUCAGGUUUCUCCAUCUGCUCUACUUGAGAUUCAGGAUGAGGAAAGUAUUUUGGGGAAAGAUUUAGAGAAUACUGUACCCACUUCUGCCUUUGGGGUCCUCAAGGGUUGUUUUGUUAAUAAGAUCAACAAAGAUAAGUAUGAAAAUCUGGCCAGUGGUGUGGUUCUAAGAGAGAUUUUUGGGGUUGGUUUUCAUGGACAUUUCUUGGCUGCCAAAAAGGCUGCAAAUGAGGUUGGAUCCUCAUUUUUGUUGCUGGAAUCUCCACAUGUGAAGGCUUGUGAGGGAUCAACAACUGAAGCUGAAGUUGGGAACAAGUUUCAAGCUCUAGGCCUGCAGCCCAGCAACUUGGUUCCUCAAAGAGUGGGUUGUUUGGUUUCAUCUAGUUCAAACAGAUUCUGUCUCGCUGAUGAUCUUCAAUCACAGAUUCUGAAGUCCUUAGUUUCAGCUCCAUAUCUUUCAAUCUCAGAUGCAGCCACCUCUAGUUCUGUUUCAGGGGCAGGGUUUGGUGAUUAUCAGCCCAUGUCCAAUUACCAGGCACCCUCUUUUGCCCAAUCCAUUUAUUCCUUACUUACUGAUCUACAUGAUAUCUUCACUGAUCUCCCAUUAAUUGGGAGGGCUUUGGCUCAUACACAAAAGAUGCUUUUUGAUGUGGAGCAAGGAGAAACUGUUGACAUGAAGCUCCUAUCUGAAAUUCACAACUUCCGAGUUGCAGUCGAGGGGUUGAGGAUUGCUCUUAAUGGUUCUGGUCGGUGCGCCACUAAAAAGAUGGGGAACAAUAAUAAGGAUCAACUUGAGUUUGCAGAGCUUUCUACCGAGGAGAAGUCUGAUGUUCUCUUUGCCCAAGCACUCCGAAGCCAGACUAAGAAAUUUAGAUCUAUUGUGGCCAUAGUUGAUGCAAGUAGGUUAGCUGGGCUUAGGAAACACUGGAAUACUUCUGUGCCUCAGGAUAUUGAGGAUUUAGUUGAACGGUUAUUUACAGAACAUGAAUGUGAUGAGGAAAUGUCUACUGCUGGAAAUAUGGAACGAAGGAGACUACUAGCAGACAAACCAGUCGUGGCGGUUGGUGCAGGAGCAACAGUGGUUUUGGGAGCUUCCUCUCUCUCCAAAGUUCUCCCUGCCUCGAUGUUUGUGAAGUUGUUUACCUACAAAGUGCCUGCAUCACUUAAAAUCCUUUUAACCCAGUCCCAGAAGGCAGCUGCAAUUGCUUUCGGCAAAACCGUUGGCUCAUCGAAAGUGUUAGCCCCUGGGUUGGCAACUUCUGGGGCCAAGACCUCCUCUGCCAUGAAGGCAGCUGCCUCUGCAGAGAAAAUCCGUGCUGUGACCCACAGUGUUAUAGCAUCUGCUGAGCGAACCAGCUUUUCCGCCAUGCGGACUGCAUUCUAUGAAAUAAUGAGGAAGCGAAGAGUCCAACCAGUUCGGGCAAUGCCAUGGGCCACGUUUAUGUGUAGUGUUGCCACAUGCACUGGGUUGCUUGUAUAUGGGGAUGGGAUUGAAUUUGCUUUGGAGUCUCUCCCAGUGGCCCCAUCAAUUGCCAAUUUGGGUCGUGGACUCCAAAGUCUACAACAGGCAUCUGAGGCAGUCAGGCAAUCAAAUAGCACCAAGAUUCAGGAGGCAAUGCAGUCCUUGAUGUACAGUUUUACAAAAAGGAAACUUCAGUAAAGUCGAGAUUUGAGGAUGAACUUCUGGACAGAUUUAAGUGAUGAUGAUAUUCAUGAAUAGGUUAGAAUUCAGAAAUAACUUCUUGUGUAUAAAUAGGUCCCAAGAAUAUAAAAUCUGCGAAAGGGUUUUUUUUUUUUUUUUUUGUUGGUAGGGUGGCAAUUGAUCUUACGGUUUGAUUGGAGCCUCUCCAUGUCCUUUUUGAGAAUCUUUGAUGGUUAUUUUACUAGUGGAAGGAAAUGUCUCCUUUUUUGAUAUGCGUAGGCUUCUUGUUUUCUUCACUGGUUGUUACCUUUCCUAUUAUAUUCUACAUGAAUUUCAAGAGCAGAUGUAUACAAGAAGUGAAAUGUCUCUUUCAAA